CAGAGGAUAAAUAAAGACCAAUUAGUUCUGUUAACUAUAAACCCGCCAAAGAAUCUUUUAGAAAUCUGCGUGGUUUCUAUCUGAACUGGUCGGAGUCGGACAAACAUCACAUAAGCAGCUAAGUAUCCGGAUUUGGCUCCACCAGCUCGCUCUUCGCUCCGAUGCACUGAAUUCGCUGCAUACAUGUUUGUAUAUCAUAUUUAACCGUAGUGGAACUAUUACUCGGGAGCCGGUCGUGACUCCUAACAAUACAAGAUUUCACAAUAGCGACAACUCUUGCGACGGCUGUGUCAUAUCAUCAUACUGACGACGACAUCACACACACACCAUGCCAGUUCCGCAGUCAUUCAAGGCGGCUAUAGUCCUUGAGCCAGGGGCUCAGAACGUCAUUCAGGAGCGCUCCUUGCCACCAUUGGAGGCUGGUGAGGUUGCCAUCAAAAUCACAGCCACGGCUGUUAACCCAGUCGAUUGGAAGAUGCGCGACUGGCAGGCCUUUAUCGACAAGUACCCUGCCAUACUCGGAUCUGAUGCAGCGGGCGAAAUUGCAGAGGUUGGGCCUAAUGUCUCUGGUUUUGCGGUGGGUGAUCGCGUCUUCUUCCAGGGUAUCAUAGGCAAAUAUGAUUAUUGCACUUUCCAGCAAUAUUGCAAGAUGCCAGCUGCCUUGGUCUCGAAAACACCAAAAAACAUCAGCGACGAGCAGGCUGCGGGUAUAUCCCUCGCUACGGUAGCCGUCGUCACUGCAUUCUAUGACAAGACUGGCCAUGGUAUUACACCUCCGUGGGAGAAGGGAGGUGAGCAAGUCGGAAAAGGCAAAGCCGUAGUGAUCAUCGGGGGUGCUUCGUCGGUUGGCCAGUAUGCGAUACAGCUGGCGAGACUAUCGGGCUUCGAGCGAAUUAUCACAAACGCAAGCCCUGCGAAUCACGAAUUUCUCAAGAAGCUCGGCGCACAUGUCGUGCUGGACCGGUCUCAGGCAACUGUGGAAGAUUUCAAGGCCGCGAUUGGUGAACUGCCUUUAGACUUCUUGUUCGAUGCCAUCUCAUCGAAGGAGACGCAGAAAUUGAGCGUCCAGAUCGUCCAAGCUGCGAAGACCAUUGCUAGCAACCAUGUCGUGACGGUACAUACCGUCCGCCCGGAUGUCGUCGAUCCAGAAGCCACGGCGCUCAGUCAGUCGAAGGAACCCAAGGUAGAUAUCAAACGGGUCCUGGGUGUCGGCAGCUUUCCAGAUCUUCGUUAUCUGAGCGAACCUAUGGCCAAGAGUCUGGGAGGAGAGGAUGGAUAUAUCGCUAAGGGUCUCUACAUUCCGAACCGGUCGCGUGUGGUUUCGGGUGGCCUGGGCGCAGUGGAGGAAGCUCUGGGUUUGAACAGGAAGGGAGUCUCGGGAGAGAAAGUUAUCUUUCGUCCGUCCGAGGUAUAAGCAGGAGUCAACAAUUUCAUUGCCAAGUUGACAUUCAUGUGCUCGUUUUCAUUUAUUAAGGUACUCGCUGAAAUACGGCGUUACCAAAACAGGCCAAAACAAUAUUCUAAGCUAUGGGAAGAGCGACAUUUCUGCUGGAUUCCGACAUAUUUCAGUCCAGGAAUAAAUGAACCCGAGGUCUAUAUAAUCUGUCUAUAUGCAUCACAUGCAUUCCAGGGCGA